CAACAUUCGUCGCUUAGAAAGAAGAUUAGCGCGCAAUGGAGGCUGAAGAUGAAGACGAUGAUCACUUCAUCACAUGACAGGAUGUUUUAUCGACUGAAGCUUCCGGUGAUUAUACAUCGGAGAGUCCCAAUGCCAAGAGGAAAGUUGAAAUCCCCUAUGGUCUCUUCUGCGUCAUGAGAAAGAGAACUUGUAGGCACACCUCUCUUUAUGAUGAUGAUGAUGAUAUGUUUCCAGAUUUCGAUUAUGAUGAGGGUAUAACUGGAAGUGACACAGACAUAUCUGAAUGUUCAGAAUUUGAUGUUAUAUCACAACAUGUUCUACAAGACGAGGAUCUGAUAGGUGAAUUUACCGGAUCGAAAUCUCUGUCUAUAUGCAGCUCUCCUUGUCCCUCUGAGGAUGAAGGAAUUCUUGUUACUAAGUUGUCUGCUGAAACUCAGGAUUCUAUCUUAUCUCCUGAAGAAGUUAACGAGGAGAAUGUUGGUACUGUAAGGUCAAAAGAAGAUCAGGUGUUAUCAUUUGUUACUGCAUCCCCAAAUGAAUUGCGAAAUAUCGUUGAUCCCCGGAUUUUUCCUGGUCAUGAAAAUUCAGAACGGAAAAAAAAUGAAGUUUCUUGUUUAUGCAGCAGUAUCAACAAAGAAGAUCCAGAAAUCUCAUGCCACUCUGAUGUCUUCACGAAUGAUGGCGACACACCACCUGCAACUGAAGUUAGAUACGGAGAUAUAGCCAACAUGCAGGGAUCUAUGGAGGAAAUGAUCAGCAAUGAUAACCUAAUUCUCGUGAAUAAAAACGAUGAACCAAUACCGAUCAGCAGUGUUCCUCCCGAUGGUGGGUCAAGUAGCAUAUUGCCAGAAACUUUUACACUUCAUCAGACUUUCAGAUGCAAUGAAUGCAACGGUCAUGAUGAUGAGAUUGGCCUUGAAAUCUCUCCAAUACCUGUAACGAAAACCCUUGAAGGACCUAGUAGGCCGUGGUCAGUUUGUAGCUCUUUAGCCGCAGUCAGAAACAUACCUCUAUUAGAAGAUAGUUCAGGUGCUCGUAGUUCCUUGGAUGAACAAUUAUAUGUGAAUGUUAGUAGCUCUGAGGGCAGGGAUGCACAACUUUCUCAAACCCCAUCAACUCUAUACCAGGAAGACGAAAUUGAUGGUGAAGAUGAGCUUUCCUUCUCUGACAUUGAUGCAAUGAUACGCAAAUUGAAUCUGAUCCCGGAUGAUUCAGAUUUAUGCUUGAACAAGGAAGAUUGGAACAUGUCUACGCAUCAAAGACAUACAUUACUUGGAUUGGAACACUGCUCAAGGACUUCAAUUCGUAGAGGAAUUAUGUCUCAAGGGGCAAUAGCUGUCCUGCAUAGUCGUGAUUCAAAGCAUUUUAUUAGAAAACACGAGGUAAUUAUUGGGAGAUCAUAUGGUGGCAUAAAUGUUGACAUUGACUUGGGUAAAUAUGGUUAUGGGAGGAAGAUAUCUCGGCGUCAGGCACUGGUGAAGCUAGAGAACAACGGAUCAUUCUCUCUGAAGAACCUUGGAAAGCGACAUAUGCUUGUCAAUGGGGAGAAGCUCAAUACAGGACAGAUUGUAUCCCUCACGUCAAGUAGUUCAGUCGAUAUCAGAGGAAUACUCUUAGUUUUCAAGAUUAACAGAGAAGCGGUGAGACAAUUCUUGAAGAACAGCACACUGGGAAUUAGCGAGGACGACACCAAAUUUAGAUGGUGCGAAUAGAUUAUUGUUAGUACCUUUUGCUCUACCACUCUCUGCAUAGUCUUAAUCACCAAUCAAGCGUGAUUUAAACGUCUCACCUGGCUAAAGUUUAGAAUUAAGUUAGUUAGAGCCAAUGAUUUGGAACCUUUGCUUGCAAUAGCUGCACAUUAUUCCACCAACCUUGCU